AUGUACUUCUGCUAUACGCCAGUUAAGGCUGAUGCUUUAGAUGAGUACUUGCAGAUGGCUCAAGAUACGGGCUACCAGAUUUUAGAUGCUUUCUGUAAAUGUGUGAUACACCUUUAUCAACAGGAGUACUUGAGAAGGCCAAAAGAAGCCAAUAUCGUGCGGUUAACUGCCAAACAUGAGCAGGUUCAUGGUUUUCCGGGAAUGCUUGGUAGCAUAGAUUGCAUGCAUUGGGGUUGGAGGAACUAUCCAGUGGCAUGGCAAGGGCAGUACACCCGGGGCAACAAGGGACAUCUAACAAUCAUGCUUGAAGCGGUUGCUUCAUAUGAUUUGUGGAUCUGGCAUGCCUACUUUGGCCCUGCUGGUUCGAACAACGACAUCAACGAGUCAGAUUUGUUCGACGAUUUGCUACAAGACAGGGCUCUUAAAGUAGAGUUUUCAGUUAAUGGGGAGCAGUUUACAAAGGGAUAUUACCUAGCAGAUGGUAUUUAUCCAGAAUGGGCUACUCUUGUUAAGUCAUUCAAGUGCCCGAUGGACCCGAAAACCACCAAGUUCAAAAGAUACCAAGAAGCUGCAAGAAAGGAUGUCGAGCGAGCAUUUGGGGUUCUUCAAGGUCGUUGGCAGAUUAUUGAACAAUACGCGCGGCCAUACAGUACCAACAAGAUAAAACGGAUCAUUUUAUGUUGUGUGAUUCUGCACAACAUUAUCGUUGAAGAUAACGGGCGUGCAAUUACAGAGUUUGAAUAA